AUGCCAACAACUCCUCCAUCGUUAGUGCCAGAAAUUAUAUACAGAAAGCCGAAAGGUUAUAAAGGAAUUGACUGGGGGAAAAUUUACUACGAUAAAGACUGCAAAAUCAGGCACACCCCCAAAACAACCUACCCUCUGGGAAACAUUACAGAUGGGGAGUUAUUAAUUCAAUUUACACUGUGGACUGGGACAAAUGGAAAGGAUGCAACUGUUGAAGUGUUUAAUGGAGGGGAGAGUAUUAUUAAAUUAUAUACAAGUGAGACAAUGAUUACUCACACUUUUAAGGGUAAACUUGUAAGAGCAAUCCGACAACCGGUGAAUUUACUCGGAAUUGGAGCAUCGUUUACCGCAACUCUUCGCCUUACAAAGUAUUAUGUUUGGUCCAUGUUUUCAAGUAAUCAGCGGGGAUCUGAGCAUUUAGUUUUCAAAUAUUGGUCAGAUAAAUGGUGGAAAGGAGGAUUAUUCAAGGCAAAGGGAAGCAACUCAUUGAAAAUUUUUGGAGAUUUUGUUACGGUUACUCCAGUCAUCACUCGAACGCUAACUUAUGAUGAUAUAAAAAAUGUAAGAAAUAUUUUAUCGUACUUUCUCGAUUAA